CUACAAGCAUCGACACGACUAAUAGCACUGGUCACGAUCGCAUCUUUCACCUUCACACAAACCACUCACGCUCAAACGACAAGCAGCUGCAACCCAACACAACAAAAUGGCUGUCCUGCUGAUCCAGCACUUUCAAAAUCAAUCAAUGUCGACUUUACCUCUGGCGAAUCGAACCAAUUCACAGCAUCCGGCUCACCAACAUAUGACUCCNNGAAUGGUGUAUCAUUUACGGUCGCUCAGUCAGGCGAUGCACCUAUGCUUACAUCGAAUUGGUACAUCAUGUUUGGCAAGGUCGAAGUGAAGAUGAGAGCUGCUCCUGGACAGGGAAUAGUCAGCAGCUGCGUGCUACAAUCAGAUGACCUGGAUGAGAUUGAUUGGGAAUGGGUUGGAAACCAGCAAGAUCAAGUACAAUCCAUCUACUUUCGGAAAGGUGAUGCUUCGACAUCCGGUCGUGCCGCGGCUUUCCACAUGGACAAUCCUACGGAAGACUUUCAUACCUAUACGAUUGACUGGACAUCAACGGAGCUGGUCUGGCAGGUGGAUGGUAAGACGCAGCGUGCAUUGAAAGCCACCGAUGCUGGUGACCAAUAUCCUCAGACGCCUAUGAUGAUCAAGCUUGGUAUAUGGAGUGGUGGUGAUUCGUCGAAUGCUCCUGGCACAGUCGCGUGGGCAGGAGGCAGUACCGACUAUGCAGCAGGUCCUUAUACGAUGGUAGUUCAGUCCAUCUCAGUCACGGACUACUCGACCGGCAAGUCUUACACAUACUCAGACCAGACCGGAAGUUGGACAAGUAUCAAAGCAGCUGGAGGGUCAAUCAACGGAGGCUCGACGAAUGUUGAUACUUCGGCACCUGCGAUCACUUCGGUUGUAAGCGGUGCCGUUCCAUUUGAAGGGACUCAUCGCACCUGGUCUUCGGUCUCGACCCCAGGUAUCGGCAACUGGAGAGCCACGGCGUCCGGCAUGACCAGCACGGUAGCCACCACAUACCCCGGACUACCCAGCGGAUGGACAGUAAACGGCUCUGGCAAAGUUGUUCCUCCAAGCAAAGCCACCACAGUUUCGAUACCUCUCCGUAUGGUUCUGCUCCUCAGCUGCAGUCUCUCUUUGGGUUUUGCCAUGGGAUUC